CUUCCGAUGGCCGAUGCACAAGAGACACGUCGCGCGUUUCACGUGCAGCGUAGGAACCGGCAAGACGUGGUGGUGGACGACCUGGGCAGAGAGAUCAUUCCUUUCCAGAGCGGCAUCUCCACAUCGGACCUGAAGCGUCUCAUCAAAGACCGCUUUACCCGCUCCCUUGCUGAUGUGAAAAUUGCUUCUCUGCGCUUCGACCCUGACAUCGGCCUUCAGUGGCAUGUGACUGACGAGACCUUUCCCGACCAUGGAAGGGAGGGCCAGCAGCCUAUCGUCGUCUGGGCUGUGGAUCCGUCAAAGGGAGAAUGCUCCUUUAUCGCAGCGGCUACACAACACUACACAACCAUGAGGUGAGGCAGGCGAUCCGAUACAUGUGCAUCCCAUCAAUCUGCUGCUUCUGCGUGUGUAUGUUUAUGUAUGUGCGCCUUCAGGACAGCAACCACUGCGGCAGUUGAGGGCUUCUCUGCGUCCUGGCGUUCGUUGCGUGGGUUAUUCUCGGGGUCUUCAAGCAGCACUCCUUCGCAGGCUACAUCCUCUCCCUCAUUCCAUCCACCCUCGCAGGGGCCCUCUCGAUCGGCGCCUUCAAGAGGCACUUCGUCCAGCGGUGCUGCAGCGAGCAGCCUUGAUUGUUCUGAGAAGAGUACCAGGGUGCCAUUGCUCGCGGACGUGCAUUGACAUGCUCGUGACACAUGGAGAUGAUCAACGAAGGUUUGUUUUGUAGUGGUGUCCUUGGGCGGAGGGAGAAAGGGACGAUAGGGUGUGUAUGACGAUGCGUGUACAGUACGUUUUGGGGGCAAUCGGUGGAGGCAUGGUGACUGGUGACGUAGCCGCAUGUGGAUUGGGUUUAUCGUUUGUGUUGAUCUGAAUGUUCUGUGGCUUCGUGUGUGGUAUAGACGACUGCUCUGUCUCUCCUGCCAAUCAAUGUGUCAUUUUUCUGCAGCACAGACGCAUGCGCGCAGCUCAGAGACGCAGAAGAAUGUCUACGAAUGUGCCUCUGCAGUUGGGAUGAGGGCCGAGAAGCGCCAAACUCAGACGCCUCUGUGAUAAGAUGAAAGCAGCAACAUAAAUCUCAGCUC